AUGACUGAUAUAUCAUCGGAGCAUGAGGCAUUCAUGGGAAUGCAGCAAGAAAAGGCCGAAUCCGUUGUUGCUUUUCACUCCAGGCUCACGGAGAAAGUUAGGCUAUGUGGAUACAGCCCAGGAGACCAGGAGCGAUUUGUGCGCACCCAGCUACUCAAGGGCAUGCUGAACAAGGAACUUGCUAAAACCGCUCGAACAUUUGGUUAUGAGACCAAUUUCAUUGUUCAAUCAGCUACAAGAGACGAAGCAUACGAGUCCGAAAACAAAAAUAACGAUAACCAUGCCCAGACCAUCCACGCGGUCACUCAACGGGGUAAGAUCGAUAGAAGGCACAAUAAGCACAAUAAUCCGACAAGAUCAACUACGGCCGCCCCGGUGGAACCACAUCAAGGAUCAGAAAGAUAUGGCCAGGGAAGACGGUCAAGGUGUUCCAAAUGUAAUCGUUUGACGCACGGUGGUAAACCGUGUCCGGCUAUUAACAAGAGGUGUAAUAAUUGCUCUAAAGUUGGCCACUUCGCGGCAGCUUGUCGUAAGAAACGAGUCAAUUUUAUUCAGGAGAGUCCGAGGGGAAAACGCAAACGUGCAGAUUCAUCUGAUUGGACAGAGGACGAUAACCUCAAACAGAGCACAUGUGGAAGUAGUGGGCACCACAAAACCAACAGUAGUAGCAGACUUUUUGGUGGUCAACGAAGGCCGUCGAUCCUUACUCGGAAGGACAACAGCAAAUGA